AUGGAGAGUUUUUGUCCGGAAUGUUUGCGUUCCGGCUUCUCAGUACCUUUAUUGAAGGUUAAGUCAUCUGCCGGUUCAAUAAAUGGAAUCUGUUCAUCAAACAAGUGUUCAUACCCAUUUUCAGUGUACUCUGAUCUGCAGUUAUCACUUUGUAGAGGUGUAGAUGACCGUUUAUCUGAAGAAUCUCAAACGGUCCGUGGUUUUCUUGACGAACUGUUUGGCAUGGAUGUAAAAAACGGAGACGGUGGUAGUUCGUUCAAAGGUGAUGACUCCUCUCACUUGUAUAGUGAUUGUGUGCCUACAAGUUCCUCAUCUGGCAGUUUCGAUUUGAUGCAACAAGAUGUUUGCGACAGUUCUCCGGUUGAUAAUCUCUUCCAAAACAACUAUAUGCUUCCAAGAUACUUAGCAGAUGACAUGAAAAGAAUUAUAAGUGAAGAUUUAUCCUAUUCAAAACGUUCACAGUUCCAAACUACGAGCAAUCCCCACAUGCUUGAAAAGUUCAAUCGGAGUAGUGACAGUGGAAUUUCAAUCUCUUCGCGGUCUUCUAAACCAUCUACUCUUAGCUACAGCGAACAUGUCGCCCAGCGGAUGUCAAACCAAAGCGAUGCUAUUUCAACCUCUAAAUCAGUUUCUAUAUCUUCUUUCCCACUUGACAAAACAAAGAAUAUGGCCCAUUUCGAUCGGUUGGUUAAACUUCAAGAAGAACGAAUGCAGCUCCACUAA